AAUUCUCAGGAUGUCCGAUGUAAAUGCAUCUGCCCUCCUUAUAAAGACCGUCCAGGCCAUAUUUACAACAAAAAUGUUUCACAGAAAGACUGUGAUUGUCUUCAUGUGGUUGAGCCUAUGCCUGUCGCUGGACCAGAUGUAGAAGCAUACUGUUUACGUUGUGAAUGCAAAUAUGAAGAGAGAAGCUCUAUCACUAUUCAGGUUACAAUCAUCAUAUACCUGUCUAUUUUGGGCCUGCUUCUUCUGUACAUGGUGUACCUUACACUGGUUGAACCUAUACUGAAGAGACGCCUCUUUGGACAUUCACAGCUCAUACAAAGUGAUGAAGACAUUGGGGAUCACCAGCCUUUUGCAAAUGCACAUGAUGUGCUGGCUCGUUCUCGGAGCCGUGCCAAUGUAUUGAACAAAGUGGAGUAUGCCCAGCAGCGCUGGAAGUUACAGGUCCAGGAGCAACGCAAAUCUGUCUUUGACCGUCAUGUGGUGCUGAGUUAAUUGUGUCUCAGUGAAAUAACUCCGGGGAAGUAAAGAGGAUUGAUUGAAAGAGCUGACUCGUGUCUUCCUGAUCCUGCCAGUUCAGAAGGGUUUUCUUGAAUGGUUUGUUAUCGAUUAAAAAAAAAA